AAUGUCGCUACGAUUCCCGUGCAUCCAUUGUUAACAGCUAAUAAACAAACAACCAGAAAGGUUAGAGAGCUCUUCACGGGUAACAAUCGCUUUCAUUGGUGCCCCUGCAAGCCCCUGCACGAAACCUUGGCGGACCAACUACGGAAAGUUGCAGCGCAUCAACACAACACCACUACAUCCGCCCCGAGCUCUACAGCUCCGUCACGCCCGCGCUUCCCCAUCCCUUGGUCGCGCGUGCGUUGUCGAUUAUUUAAUUUCUUUCAUUCCUUUGAAUUGUAUAUUCACAACUUGUAUGACUCACUGGCGUUGAGUCUUUCAUCCGGGCAAGGUUUUGGUGCUAACAAGAUCGAGUGCAGCGGAGCAACAAUUCAGACUCCGCCUGUAAUACACGAGAGCUUGGGGAAAAAGAAUUAGGAUUUUCGACUACCAUGGCGGACAAGCGCAACAGCAUUGCGGGCAAGGUCGCGACUCCCAACCUAAAACCCAGCGCCGCGUCAAGCAAAGAGACCAUAGAUGCAGACUCCAUUCUGUACAAGGCUGUUGGAUCCCGUAUCAAGAUUACAUGCGCCCCUGGCAAGAACGUUCUCGAGGGCACUUUGUUCACCGCAUGCAACAUCACCCAUGCCAUAGCCAUCAAUACUGCAUCUGCGCCACCAAAUCCUUCGGCUUCAGUCUUCACCCAACCCGGGGACUACCACAUCAUCCCAUUUGCACACAUAGAAUCGUUUGAGGUUAUUGGCACAGGGGAACGGGCGCCCGAGUCUACAGGAGCCUAUGAUGGAGCGCUUCCCAGCAUCUCCAAGGUGGACAUGGCUGCGAUCCUGGCACGGGAGGAACAGACUAUCCGCGAGAUGAAGAAGAAGGAUGCGCAAAAGGGCAAGGGUGUCAGUCAGGAAGCGCAAGAGCUGUUUGAUGCCAUAUCAAGGACCCUACCAACCCGUUGGGCAGACACCCAAAUCGUGGUCAGUGAUUCCGUCCUGAUCCAGGCACCAUACACACUCGACAGCAUCAAAGCGCCUGCCGACAAGGCACAGGCUGAGAAGCACGUCCGCAAGAUUGUCGAACACUACUACCAGCGUAAGAAGGGCGGUUCCUCUGGAGGGGCCGCUCGCGCUCAGGUUGCAAUCCCCAAUGCGCCGCGAAAGGGAGGUUAGAUACCAAGCAGUCCAGGGUCUUGUGUGAGGAGUAAGUCGGUCGUAAGGUUUGAAGAUUCCGAGGACCUUGAGACAGAUGAUGUACCUGUGUUGAGCAGGACGCAAUCGCUCGACUCUCGCUCUUAUGGGCAUCAUUGAGAGAUGGCAGCCCCGCAAUCCUCCAGUCAAGGCGAAAAGCUUUGCGAUGGUCGUUCCUCGGAAUGAUUCUUACAUCGCAUGCGAAAGACUGGGCCCUCUAGUUAUUGUAGUAUUUGAAGUCUGAAAUCAACAACACAUUCAAACA